AUGCAAACAGUAUCAUUCAAAAUUGUAAGUACAUCAAAUGGUGAUUCAUGGGUUGAAGCACAUGGUAAAAUUUCACCUGUUAAAAAUACUGUUGUUACUGUUUCAGCUUAUUUUAAUGAUUCACAACGACAAGCAACAAAAGAUACUGGUCAAACAGCUGGUUUAAAUGUUUUUCGUGUUGUUGGUAAACCAACAGCAGCUGCAUUUGCCUGUGGUCUUGAAAAAACAAAUGACAAAAUUAUUGCAGUUUAUGAUCUUGGUGAUGAUACAUUUGAUAUAUCCAUACUUGAAAUGCAAUCAAAAUGUAUUUGA